AAAAAAAGGAUAAGAACAAUAAAAAUAAGAGGAAGAACAGUAUGCAAGCCGGUGUCCCAAAGUCAAGGCUACAUCUUCAUUACUCUCUUCUUUCUUUCUCUCUCUUCUCUGGAGAAGAAGAUGAGGAAGUCUCCUUGUAAAUUACCAAACAGCCUUCUCUCUUAUCUUCUAUCCUCAUCCGAAUCCAAGUAUUAUGGAACUUGCUAUUCUGAGGGAAGUUCUGGGUUGCUUAAAGACUAUGCCACGCGGGAAUUCAAUGCUUUCCUCUGGAUUUCUCUCGUCACUAUCACUGCUCUCUUGCUUGGGAAGGUUUUCAAGUUGUUUAGAUUAUGGUCUAAAGCGAGAAGAAUUGCUGGGCCUCCUUGUACUUCCUUCUUCGGCCAUAAUAACUUUGGUUCCCGCGGGAAUUUCAUCGACCUGUUGUCGGAGCUGCACAAUAAAUAUGGAUCAGUUUUUAAGUUGUGGUUGGGGCCUACUCAGCUUCUGGUAUCCAUAAAAGAUCCAGAACUUAUUAGAGAGAUGCUUUUGAAGGCCGAGGACAAAUUGCCUUUUACUGGAAAGGCUUUUCGAUUGGCCUUUGGACGAUCAAGCCUUUUCUUUUGCUCUUAUGAUCAGGCAGAAAAGAGGAGAGAAUCACUGGCGCUGCAGUUAAAUGAGAAGUUGCUUGGGAGAGCAAAUGUAAUUCCUAAAUAUGUCACAGAUUGUAUCAUGGGAAGAAUAGAUGAGAUUAUGAGCAAAGGAAGUAUUGAUUGUAAAAUGGUUUCUCAGCAUAUUGCUUUUACCAUUAUGGGGACCACACUCUUUGGAGAUGCAUUCUUGGCAUGGUCUAAGGCAAAUUUCUAUGAGGAGCUUCUAAUGAUGAUAGCUAAAGAUGCUUCCUUUUGGGCCUCAUAUAGAGUCACUCCCUUCUGGAAACAAGGAUUUUGGAGAUACCAGUCUUUGUGCACAAACUUGAAAUGUUUAACCCAGGAUAUUGUUCAACAAUGCAGAAAAAAUUGCAAACUUUUUCACCAUAUGGAUCAGAACCCCAAUGAUGAAACUGUCAAAUAUGGUACUAAAGCUGCAUCUAGCAUACGACCUCAUGGUGUUGUGCUGCAAGAUAAGUUCUCAAGGGAUCUUGAUGGCCAUCUUAAUUCAAGGGAAGAGCCAUGUGGAAAUAUUAUGGGUAUGAUGUUUCAUGGAUGCAUAGCCACUGCAGGUUUGGUGACUAAUAUCUUGGAGAGGCUUGUUACAAAUCCAGAGAUACAGGACAAGAUAUAUUCAGAGAUUGUUAUGGUCAGGCAAGGAUCAACAAAAGAUGCUCAAAGUGUUGAUAAGAUGGUCUUGCUAUUGGCAACCAUUUAUGAAUCAGCUCGCCUUCUGCCACCAGGACCUUUGCUACAGAGAUGUUCUUUGAGAGAUGAUGUGAGACUUAAAAAUGGUGUAAUUAUACCAGCUGGAGCAGUACUGGUUGUGCCAGUGCAUUUGCUGCAGACGGAUGAUGCUAGUUGGGGCAGUGAUGCUAGCAAAUUUAAUCCAUAUAGGUUUUUAUUAAAAGUUGGAAAUUCUGAUCCAGAGCAGGAUAAGUCGUUCUCAGAGGUGGCUGGAGGUGCUGUUGACACUUCUUCAUUCAUUUUAAAUGAUCCACAUGACAAUGCAGCAUUUCUUCCCUUUGGCGCUGGUAUGCGUGCAUGUGUGGGUCAGAAGUUUGUAAUCCAAGGGGUGGCCACUUUAUUUGCCUCAUUGCUUGAAUGCUACGAGGUAAGGCUUCAACAACCAAGACUGGGAAGUGACCUGAAAUCUACUGGUCCGGAGAUAGUGUUUGUGAGGAGAAGCAGUCAAAAGGAAUGACUAAAUGUGAAGAAUGCUGUGCAUGGAUGAACCUUUUUAUUAUUCAUCACAUCAUUCUUGUAUAACCACUCAAACCAAAUAAUCUCUUUCUAUCCGUCCUCUGUCUCAAGAAUCGAUGGGGAGUCUUUUCCUUUUUUGCUCAGUAGCUGCCAAAGAGGAGAAUGUUGCACGAGUAUGUUUUAUGUCUCAUGCUUCUUCUCUUUCUUGUUUUUAGAAUAGCUUGAGUGCUGUCCUGAAUGCCAUGAUAAUUGGUUUGGUUUUGAAGCACUCUGGCAUGUAUUCGCUACCGAGCCAACGGUUUUCUUCCCCAUCUUUCAUCUUUGAAGUCGUGUCCUACGAACUUUUUUUCUCUCCAAGAGGGAGUUUAUGUUGUAACUUGAAGCUUACAAGAUAAUAUGAAACAAUGUUAUAUUGUUGAUUAAUGAAUAAUGCUAUAUGACCCAUGAUUCAGUUAA